CAUAUACGAGAUGAAACUGGACGCGAACGUGGCGCGCUGGGCCGUGUCCGUGCUCAACCUCAGCCGCACCAAGCGCCAUCUCGACCGCGCCGUGCUGCUCGGCUUCUGGGAGACGCUCGACAAGUAAGUGUGCUCACCUGUCGCAUGUCACUAUCCCUAACACCGCGUCAUAUACGAGAUGAAACUGGACGCGAACGUGGCGCGCUGGGCUGUGUCCGUGCUCAACCUCAGCCGCACCAAGCGCCAUCUCGACCGCGCCGUGCUGCUCGGCUUCUGGGAGACGCUCGACAAGUAAGUGUGCUCACCUGUCGCAUCUCACUAUCCCUAACACCGCGCCAUAUACGAGAUGAAACUGGACGCGAACGUGGCGCGCUGGGCCGUGUCCGUGCUCAACCUCAGCCGCACCAAGCGCCAUCUCGACCGCGCCGUGCUGCUCGGCUUCUGGGAGACGCUCGACAAGUAAGUGUGCUCACAUCUCACUAUCCCUAACACCGCGCCAUAUACGAGAUGAAACUGGACGCGAACGUGGCGCGCUGGGCCGUGUCCGUGCUCAACCUCAGCCGCACCAAGCGCCAUCUCGACCGCGCCGUGCUGCUCGGCUUCUGGGAGACGCUCGACAAGUAAGUGUGCUCACCUGUCGCAUGUCACUAUCCCUAACACCGCGUCAUAUACGAGAUGAAACUGGACGCGAACGUGGCGCGCUGGGCUGUGUCCGUGCUCAACCUCAGCCGCACCAAGCGCCAUCUCGACCGCGCCGUGCUGCUCGGCUUCUGGGAGACGCUCGACAAGUAAGUGUGCUCACAUCUCACUAUCCCUAACACCGCGCCAUAUACGAGAUGAAACUGGACGCGAACGUGGCGCGCUGGGCCGUGUCCGUGCUCAACCUCAGCCGCACCAAGCGCCAUCUCGACCGCGCCGUGCUGCUCGGCUUCUGGGAGACGCUCGACAAGUAAGUGUGCUCACCUGUCGCAUGUCACUAUCCCUAACACCGCGUCAUAUACGAGAUGAAACUGGACGCGAACGUGGCGCGCUGGGCUGUGUCCGUGCUCAACCUCAGCCGCACCAAGCGCCAUCUCGACCGCGCCGUGCUGCUCGGCUUCUGGGAGACGCUCGACAAGUAAGUGUGCUCACCUGUCGCAUCUCACUAUCCCUAACACCGCGCCAUAUACGAGAUGAAACUGGACGCGAACGUGGCGCGCUGGGCCGUGUCCGUGCUCAACCUCAGCCGCACCAAGCGCCAUCUCGACCGCGCCGUGCUGCUCGGCUUCUGGGAGACGCUCGACAAGUAAGUGUGCUCACAUCUCACUAUCCCUAACACCGCGCCAUAUACGAGAUGAAACUGGACGCGAACGUGGCGCGCUGGGCCGUGUCCGUGCUCAACCUCAGCCGCACCAAGCGCCAUCUCGACCGCGCCGUGCUGCUCGGCUUCUGGGAGACGCUCGACAAGUAAGUGUGCUCACAUCUCACUAUCCCUAACACCGCGCCAUAUACGAGAUGAAACUGGACGCGAACGUGGCGCGCUGGGCCGUGUCCGUGCUCAACCUCAGCCGCACCAAGCGCCAUCUCGACCGCGCCGUGCUGCUCGGCUUCUGGGAGACGCUCGACAAGUAAGUGUGCUCACCUGUCGCAUGUCACUAUCCCUAACACCGCGUCAUAUACGAGAUGAAACUGGACGCGAACGUGGCGCGCUGGGCUGUGUCCGUGCUCAACCUCAGCCGCACCAAGCGCCAUCUCGACCGCGCCGUGCUGCUCGGCUUCUGGGAGACGCUCGACAAGUAAGUGUGCUCACCUGUCGCAUCUCACUAUCCCUAACACCGCGCCAUAUACGAGAUGAAACUGGACGCGAACGUGGCGCGCUGGGCCGUGUCCGUGCUCAACCUCAGCCGCACCAAGCGCCAUCUCGACCGCGCCGUGCUGCUCGGCUUCUGGGAGACGCUCGACAAGUAAGUGUGCUCACCUGUCGCAUGUCACUAUCCCUAACACCGCGUCAUAUACGAGAUGAAACUGGACGCGAACGUGGCGCGCUGGGCUGUGUCCGUGCUCAACCUCAGCCGCACCAAGCGCCAUCUCGACCGCGCCGUGCUGCUCGGCUUCUGGGAGACGCUCGACAAGUAAGUGUGCUCACCUGUCGCUUGUCACUAUCCCUAACACCGCGUCAUAUACGAGAUGAAACUGGACGCGAACGUGGCGCGCUGGGCUGUGUCCGUGCUCAACCUCAGCCGCACCAAGCGCCAUCUCGACCGCGCCGUGCUGCUCGGCUUCUGGGAGACGCUCGACAAGCACAUGAUGAAGAAUAAGCCGCAUCUUAGAUUCUAAGUCUGAAUAAGGGCCGAUUUUUCAAUUGCCAGUUAAUUUUUGUCUGAAGAAAAAAAGUUCAAUGUUUUACCAAAAACAUCAUACUUAUUCAUCAGAUAAAAAAUGCCUAGUUAUUGAAAAAUCGGCCCUUAGUAGUGUAUAAAAUAUAUCCUAUAGUUUUAUUAUAUUUUACCGUGUGAAUAUCCAGUAAAAAGCUUUUUAAAAGCAAAGCGAAUCUAAGUCAGAUGGUACCAUUUAGUGACUAUUUUGGCUCUUCAAUCCCACCUAUCAAGCCUUGACCGACUUAGAUCUGUUUAAACUAUGACUAAUUUUACUUUGAUUUGUAAAUGAACUGUAGUCUUAUUAGCAUUACUUUAAUGUUAUUAUUUAGUCGAAUUUUGAAAACGUCCAGUGUGAUAGCUAUGCAUACAUCGACUUAAGAAAACUUAGAGACAAUAGAUUGUUAAAUGUAUAUCUACAGAUAACUUUAACAUUGUACCUACGUCCUACAUGUUAAUUAGUUAAAACACUCAGUUGAAUGUAUCUGCAUACAGACAGUUAACACUUUUACCAAAAUACUUAAUUAAUGGUAUUGACAUGGUCAAAGAUCUGUGAUCUUUGUGUAAUUUCACAACAAUAAAUAUUGAUUGUUGAACAUACAACUGACUUUUAAUUUAAACUUACACCGAACUCUUAUUCUAAGUAAGGUUUAAAAGGAACUACUUUUCAUGGGUUUUUAUCAAAUAAGAACGCUAUCAUUUAUUUUAAGUCGUCUUUAUUUAAAAUUUCAUUUCAUUCAAUGGUAGUGUAUAACAAUAAAUAUUUAAUUUCUGUUCUCUUUCAGAGAUAAGUACAUAGAUAAAGUAGGUUACAUUUAUGUAGUACAUAUUCAUUCAUUGAUAUUUCUGUACACAAAAUAAAACCAUUAGUUUUACCCAUAACAAUAUCACAUCGUUAGAGGUGUGUACUUAUUAUGUGCCCGUUUUUUUCGUAAAACAAUACAUAUAUUAUUAUAUUCAUCGCUGUUUACGCGAAUAGUUAACUCUACAGGCAACGCAUCAACUAAGCACAUUGUUACUAUACGUAACUUCACUAACCCAUAUAUUAAUUGAGUUUUCAAAAUAAUCUCUGACAAAAUUAUAA